GGAGGGCCGGCGUCCGCGUUCGCGCGCCGUGAUCAACACUCGUGGUGUGGUGCUAAGAACUGUCAGCGCUCGUACGCAACCGCUGCAGCCGCGCCGAGCCGUACCGCCAGUUCCCAGCAGCUGCCCAAGCUUCAAACACCUCCAGCCGAGGCGCUGAUGGCCGCGCUCGAAGAAAAGUUGGCCGCGCUCUCGACGCACCCCCCAAAAUUCGCGGUCCGCGGCCGCUUCGUCCACGCGAACGCGCGGCGCGCGGGCCUCAUCGAGUUCGUCGAGGACGGGCUGAUCGUCGUCGAGGACGGCGCCAUUAUUGCCGUGGCCAAGGACGCGGACCAAAUCAAGGCCGUGCUGGCGGAGCACCGGCCCCAGGACGUCGUCGAGCUGGCCGAGACGGAGUUCCUCGCCCCCGGCAUGGUCGACUGCCACGUGCACGCGCCGCAGUACGCCUACUCGGGCACGGCGACGGACAAGCCCCUCAUGGAGUGGCUCCAGCACUACACGUUCCCCGCCGAGAAGCGGUGCGUCGACGUCGACUACGCGAAGACGCUGUACAGCGCGCUCGUCGACCGGCUGCUCAUGCAGGGCACGACCUGCGUCGCUUUAUAUGCCACGAUCCACGUGCCCGCGACGAACGCGCUCGUCGACAUCUGCCUCGAGAAAGGAUUAAGGGCGGUCGUGGGCAAGGUCUGCAUGGACCGGCACGGCGGCGACGGCUACGAGGAGACGACGGCGGAGGCGCUCGCGGGCACGCGGGCCUGCCUCGACUACAUACGGAAGGCGCAGCCCGGCGCGUCCGGAUUAUCGCGGCUCGUGCAGCCGUGCGUGAUCCCGCGGUUCAUCCCGACGUGCACGCCCGAGCUCCUCGCGGGUUUGGGGGACAUCGCGCGGGAAUCCGACGACGUCUGGGUCCAGAGCCACGCGUCGGAAGCUCCCGACCAGGUCAAGUUCGUCGACACGCUCCAUCCCGGAAAGAGGUGCACGGAGAUCUUCGAGUCGCACGGGCUGCUGACGGACAAGUGCGUCAUGGCGCACUGCGUCUACCUCGAGGACGGCGAGCUCGACACCUUCGCGCGCAAGGGCGCCGGCGUCGCGUGCUGCCCCCUGAGCAACGCCAUCUUCUCGCUCUCGCCGGGCUGGCACGCGUUCCCGUUCCACAAGGCCCACGCCAAGGGCGUGCGCGUGGGCAUGGGCACGGACAUCGCCGGCGGCUAUGCCGCGUCCAUCCUCGUGGCCUGCCGCCACGCCGCCGUCGCGUCCAAAGCCUGUGCAGAAAUCAACGUCGCGUCGAUGGCGUGGAAGCGUGGGGCGCCCGAAAUUUGAUUUUCACGCAGGUCUAAGCACGACAUGGGCGAGAAGGACGUCGACUACAAGGACGCGUUCUGGGCCGCGACGCUCGGCGGGGCCCGCGCCCUGGGCCUGGACACGGUCCUCGGCAACUUCGAGGUGGGCAAGCAGUUCGACGCGGUGCGCAUCAACUGCGAGGCGGGCAACUACGACACGUUCCCCUCGGCGAUCCACCCGUGCUGCCCGUCGCGGCUGGAGCACGACUUCGAGAAGUUCGUGAACCUCGGCGACGACCGCAACAUCGCGAGCGUCUACGUCCAGGGCAAGCGGCGCCGCUGAUCUCUCUCUUGCUGGUCCAUAUGUCUCACAUCGCUGGUGCAUAUCUCCGCUCUCUUGUGUAUAUGUCCUCCCCCGACCACUCCCCCCUGUUUUAAGAUUAAUCAGAUAUAACAAACAGCGCGACUGACUGCCACGGGGGCGGAUAGUUCGAGCGGCGUCCGGAGGAUAUAUCCCGCCGGGCGCCGCCGUCAUGGAUCCGCCAGCCGUGA